GGCGCAUGCGCAGGCGGACCGGUCGCACACUCUUCCCGGUCGCGCCGCCUCCGCCGAGGUCGGCCCCGGGAUUUGAGUCUCGCGCUCUCUCCGUUCGCUUACCGGCGGCUUCCCUCCCGUUCUCGCGCCCUGGGACGGCGAGGCUGCGAGAAGGGGUUGAGAGGGCUGUUGAUCGCCGCCUUUAACUUGUGCGUGGGGCGGCCAUGUCGGCCGGCGAGGUGGAGCGCCUGGUGGAGCUGAGCGGCGGGACCGGAGGGGAUGAGGAGGAAGAGUGGCUGUAUGGCGGCCCGUGGGACGUGCAUGUGCACAGUGACUUGGCAAAGGAUCUCGAUGAGAAUGAAGUUGAAAGGCCAGAAGAAGAAAAUGCCAGUGCUAAUCCUCCAUCUGGAAUUGAAGAAGAAGCUGCUGAAAAUGGCGUGGCAAAACCGAAAGUGACAGAGACUGAAGACGACAGUGAUAGUGACAGUGAUGAUGAUGAAGAUGACGUUCACGUCACUAUAGGAGACAUCAAAACGGGAGCACCACAGUAUGGGAGUUAUGGAACAGCACCAGUAAAUCUUAAUAUCAAGGCAGGGGGAAGAGUUUAUGGAAAUACAGGAACCAAAGUCAAAGGAGUGGACCUUGAUGCACCUGGCAGCAUUAAUGGAGUUCCACUCUUGGAAGUAGAUCUGGAUUCUUUUGAAGAUAAACCAUGGCGGAAACCUGGUGCUGAUCUUUCUGAUUAUUUUAAUUAUGGCUUUAAUGAAGAUACGUGGAAAGCUUACUGUGAAAAACAAAAGAGGAUACGAAUGGGACUGGAAGUUAUACCCGUUACUUCAACCACAAACAAGAUUACGGUACAACAAGGGAGAACUGGAAAUUCAGAGAAAGAAGCAGCACUUCCAUCUACAAAAGCUGAGUUUACUUCUCCGCCAUCGUUGUUCAAGACUGGUCUGCCACCAAGCAGAAACAGCACGUCUUCUCAGUCUCAGACAAGUGCUGCCUCCAGAAAAGCCAGUUCAAGCCUUGGGAAGUGGCAGGAUCGAUAUGGGAGGGCCGAGUCACCCGAUCUAAGGAGAUUACCUGGAGCUAUUGAUGUCAUUGGUCAAACAAUAACCAUCAGCCGAGUGGAAGGAAGACGGCGUGCAAAUGAGAACAGCAAUAUACAGGUCCUUUCUGACAGAUCUGCCACUGAAGUAGACAACAAUUUCAGCAAACCACCUCCAUUUUUCCCUCCAGGGGCUCCUCCUACUCACCUUCCUCCUCCUCCAUUUCUUCCACCUCCUCCAACUGUCAGCACUGCCCCACCUCUCAUUCCACCACCAGGUAUUCCAAUAACUGUACCACCUCCAGGUUUCCCCCCUCCACCAGGCGCCCCACCUCCAUCUCUUAUACCAACAAUAGAAAGCGGCCAUUCCUCUGGGUACGACAGCCGUUCUGCACGAGCAUUUCCCUAUGGCAACGUCGCCUUUCCCCACCUCACCAGUUCUGCUCCCUCAUGGCCUAGCCUUGUGGACACCACCAAACAGUGGGACUAUUAUGCACGGAGAGAAAAAGACCGAGACCGAGACCGGGAGAGAGACCGAGACAGAGAGCGAGAGCGGGACCGGGACAGAGAAAGGGAGCGCACCCGGGAGCGGGAGCGGGAGCGCGACCACAGCCCCACUCCAAGUGUUUUCAACAGCGAUGAAGAGCGAUACAGAUACAGGGAGUAUGCAGAGAGAGGCUAUGAGCGCCAUAGAGCUAGUCGGGAGAAAGAAGAGCGGCACAGAGAACGACGUCACAGAGAGAAGGAGGAAACAAGACACAAGUCCUCUCGCAGUAAUAGUAGACGUCGCCAUGAAAGUGAAGAAGGGGACAGUCACAGAAGACACAAGCACAAAAAGUCUAAAAGAAGCAAAGAAGGAAAAGAGGCUGGCAGCGAGCCGGUCCCGGAACAGGAGAGCACGGAAGCCGCCCCUGCAGAGUAGGCUCCACCUCUUCUGUACGUUGGUCCCAGAAAUAGAUGCUCAAAAUCUCCUUAGUUUUCUGGAUAAUGUUUAAGAAAUAUACCUGUAAUCUUGUUCUGUUAGAAUGAAACCUUAACUUUUUCUUUUCCAAAAUAAAAGUGUGCAUUUUUUUUUUUGUGUUAAGUUAAAAAUCUUUGUCUUGUAAUAUUUAAAGAAUAAAAGACAGAAGUGACUUUAUAUCUAAGAAAGUAAUGUGAAUGAAGUCAGCAGGGGAUUUAGAGCUAAGGCUGGCCAUGUGUUCGCUGGAUGGGGAAGGCCAAGGCCUCGUCCUGGCUAGCUUUCUGGUUAGUGGGAUACUGUUGCAGAAGAGGCGCCGCUGCAGACCCCCUUCCCCUCUUGACGUGAAGCCAGGCUUCAGCUUACUUCUGGGACAGUGCUUAGACACAGUCUUGAUAUCAGAGUUUUUGAUAGGAGGUUUUCCGUGUUCUGAAUCUGAGUCCAUAGUGAACUGUUUGUAUAUCUAAAUUCCUAGGGUGGCCCCUGUGAUGUAACUUGUGGCUUCCCAGCAGGCACAUGACCUUGACUGGCAGAGCAUCAGACCACUCCAUGGCCAUCUGUCUGAGCAAGGUCAAGGUGCUCUGGCUGCUGUUAGUAUGUUUUCCAAGGGUCAGCGGUAGCAUGGAACGUGGGUUAUUUUUUAUUCCGUUUCCAUAUUAAGAAUAAAAAUAAACUCAGUGACAGGAGUGUUAGAUCAGUCAUUUCUUAUUAAAACCAGAGCACAGGUUAAACUCUGGACUAACCCCAAGUGGCAUUGCAGAGCAGUGUUGGGGCUAGGAGCGUAGUGUGUAAAAGAUGAGGUAGUUAGAGCCACCAGUAAGAGGACUGUUCUCACUUAGAAGAUAUUCAUUUCUCAUUUAAAUCCUCCGCCAUUAAACUUAAAUACCCACAAUGUGCUCUGUCUUCAACUCUACUUAAACCACAUUUCCACAUUUGUAAUUGACUUGAAUUAAGUGUGGCAUACAAACCAUGUUAAGUCUUUAUGGGCUUUUUAUUGAAUUAAAAAUAUAUAAGCUUAAAAGAUUUGGAGUAAUAAGAAAUCCUCCACACCAAAUAAAAAUUAUCACUAGUUUUU